AAAUUAACAAUAAUCACAAUCACAAAAUGCAUUCUUUAUUCGCUGGACUACAUUUUCCCAAUAAACCCGAGGAAUUUCUAACAUUGAAGGAAAUAGAUUUUGACAAGAGUGUAUUGGACCUGAAGCAAAAAAUUGCAGAAAAGUGUCAAUUUGAAGUUGAUAAAUUGGAAGUUGUCUACAAUGGUUUAGCACUGCAGGAUGAGAAAAAGUUAGGUGAGUCUCUUAAGCCGGAAGCAGUUAUACAUUGCUUUCAAAAAACAAAGAAAUACACACCUUACGAACCUUCAGAAAAAGUAAAAGAUCCAGAAGCAGUGGACAUUGCUCAAGUAUUAUUUUAUAAUAUUGGGAACAUACAGAUCAAUGUUAGUUGCCGUGUGAACAUAUUGCAAAAAAUACUAGCAGAAUAUCCAGAAUUUCGCAGAAAUCCUGCUGCCCUAGCCCUUAUAAGAGAUUCUGUAUUGUUUAACACUCUACAUCAGCCUGAAGUAAUUAAAAAAAUUGCAGAACAUUAUCCGAUUAUUUUGGAAGCUGCUUCAUUUAUAGUGAGUACUGUUCGCAAAGAAUUAGCCAGAAAUAUAUCAGCGUCGAAAUUUUCUGAACCUGCUACUGAUUCCACUAACUCUUCGGAAGAAGAAAACUCGGUCGGCAGUAAUGAGCGCAGCAGCAGCCGUGAUGAAGAUUCUGGUCGUAGUCAGUCGGAAACAGCACGUAUACGUAUGAUUAGUCGUCAGCAAUUACAAGCUGCAUUAGCGCAAAUUGGCUAUGGUUCGGCAAAUUCAUUGUCUAAUAUAGCCCAGAGAAAUACCGAGACAUCAGCCGCAGCCUCUGGAACAUCAGAAGCCAGUUCUACACCACUGUCAAACUCUGCAAGCGGUGAAAGGAUAUCAACAGAUGCAUUUCGUAAUGAACUAUUAAGAGCUCUGGGUUCAUUAGGACAACGUGGUAGCACAUCGGCGACUCCCUCUCAAGAUUCUGUAGCUAUGGACACAUCUGAACAGGAACAGCUAUCGGCCAACACUUCAUUUACAGAUGACGGCGAUAUACCAGUAGUUUAUCGUUCACAUCCCUAUGCCGAACAAUUAAGAACUAUGUUGCAAAUGGGUUUUUUGAAUCAUGAAGAAAAUCUAAAUUAUCUUAAUUUAGCAAGCGGUAAUAUUGAACAAGCUGUCAAUCUUUUGAUGGCAGCUAUGAUGUAAAUGUCUUAUUGCAAUUUGAUGGCCCAUAAUUAAAUAAAAAUAAUUUUUAUACAAUUUUUUUGCAAAACAGUUUUAAUAGAUAAGAAGAAUGAUUGAAUUAAUAAAUGUUAAGAGUUUUAAUUAAAA